UUUGCUCGCCCGUGACCUCCAGCGCACCGCUGUGGACACACUGGACGAUGCCCGCGCAGUUUUUCGGUUGGAAGUUGGGGUGGUCGUGGCGUGUCGGUCCUUGAGCACUAGACGUGAUCGCCUCUUGCGCCCCCGGUAUUCGUGGUCGUCGUACAAGUCCCUCCGGAAUGCUCGCGAAGUACGGAGACUGCAGAUUCGUCCUCAGGGUAUCCCUGUGGCUCUCCUUUUACAGUUGAAGACCCUGGGGGAGAGCCAGACUGCUGCCCUGCCCUGCCCUGUCCGAAUGCGAAACCAGAGGUCGUAACCCAGACUGCGGAGACCGGGUUGCACCGUAUCCCGGAACAGUUUCGUUGGUAACCGAAGUAGCCGGUAGAGAACAAGGGCACCAGCUGUGAGGAGUGGACUGUUCAUCCGGAAACCUGGCAGGCCGUAGAGUUUCUCCGAAGGAACCCAAACAUCCAGGUGGUUUCGGGAGAGUAGAGCAUUCUAGGCCAAGAAAGUGGAUUGAAUACUGGCUCCUGGAAUCUCACUAAAAUUACGGGAGAUGUCCUUUGCUUCUCAGAUGUAAUGCACUUUAAGUUUGUUACUCAACAGUGAAAAUGAAUCAUACAGAGGUUAAAUUAAAAAUACCUUUUGGAAAUAAAUUACUAGAUGCUGUUUGUUUGGUACCUAACAAGAGCUUAACAUAUGGAAUAAUUCUUACACAUGGAGCGUCAGGAGAUAUGAAUCUUCCUCAUUUGAUGUCACUGGCAUCCCAUCUUGCAUCUCAUGGGUUUUUUUGCCUGAGAUUUACCUGUAAAGGCCUUAAUAUUGUACAUAGAAUUAAGGCAUAUAAAUCAGUUUUGAAUUACCUAAAGACCUUAGGAGAAUACAAAUUGACAGGUGUUUUCCUUGGCGGUCGUUCAAUGGGCUCAAGAGCAGCUGCUUCUGUAAUGUGCCAUAUUGAGCCAGAUGAUGCUGAUGCUUUUGUUCGAGGUCUCAUUUGUAUUUCAUACCCACUGCACCAUCCAAAGCAGCAACAUAAACUUAGAGAUGAAGAUCUCUAUCGUAUAAAAGAUCCUGUAUUGUUUGUGUCAGGUUCAGCAGAUGAAAUGUGUGAAAAGAACUUGUUGGAGAAAGUGGCACAGAAAAUGCAAGCUCCCAAUAAAAUCCACUGGAUUGAGAAGGCAAACCAUUCCAUGGCAGUGAAAGGACGUUCAACAAAUGAUGUUUUCAAAGAAAUAAAUACACAGAUUUUGUUUUGGAUCCAGGAAAUCACUGAAAUGGACAAGAAAUAAUUGUAUUUAGCUAAAAGCCAUGUUAUUUUGGAUACAAAUACAGUUCAUUUGAUAAAGAACAGCAUACCUCUUGCAUUAUGAGAUAUUUCAGAUGAAUUUAAUGUUCCCCCAUUUUUAAAACAUGUUUUAAUUGUGAAAUUAAUGUUCUCUACAAAAUAUCUUUUGAAAGCACUGUUAUAGUUGUAUAAAGAUGAUGUACAAAUACUGAAGGUGGUCUACAUAUAAUUUAUUUUCAUUAAUAUAGUUAAGUUUUGAAAAAAAAUUAAACAUUUGAAUUUUGUUACACUAGAA